AAAUAAUUUGUAUACAGAUGUAAUCAGAGUGGAACUAUAUCUCACUACUUUAAGACCCUGUUAUUACAUGAUCACGCUAGACAUCCCUCUCUCCUCUUCACCCUUUACUAGCUUCAAACAGGACCUCCUCAGUAUCCCUGAUAACAGAUUAAAACAAAACUGAAAGCGAAACUGAUAACAGAUUCCUGACAGCACUCUUGAUAACAGAUUUCUGAAAACUGAUCCUUGAAAACAGAUACUCCUCAAAGUAUCUGUUUUCGUCCCUGAAAACAGAUACUCAACAAAACUCAUGUUCGCACAGCUGAUAUGUUUCACUUACCUCAUUCUUCUCACCUUACAAUCAGAGGGGCUGUGCCCCCGAUCAGAGAUACCCUGCGCAGGCACAUGUACUAUCAAGCUCUCCCAGAGUCUUAACCACGGCCAGGCUGCUCUCCAGUGCAAAACUCAAAACAAACGUACUUAUAUGGGUUCAAGAACUGACGAUGAGUUGGAGAGUGGAUGCGCUAGCUCUGUGUUUGGGACUAACACUAAUCUUAAUAUCUGGUCUCGAUAUAAGCUCAGAGAUGGUUUGAUAGUAGAUGAGACAGGAGUAACAAUAGACAGGAUAAACUGGGGUAUAAAGUACUGUGGAGCUGUUGACCAACUGGGUAACUUCAUGCCCCAUCCUUGUACUUGGAACAACUACCGAGCCAUCUGCGUUAGUAACCAGAUCCAAUACGACAAGAAUAACUUACGAGAGUGCGGGGGAGAAUACUACUGGAUAACGGACAGGUCGGAUCUAGACUACGAGAGAGGGGUGGAACACUGUAGGCAGAACAACAUGGUCCUUGCUACUCCCUAUACUAAUGCUAGGAGGAACUGCUUCCAGCCUGUUAUGCAGGCUCGAGCGAUAUCUAAAGCUUGGAUUAAUUACAAUAUAACAGCAGCUACACAGAAGAUAACACCGUGGGACCGGGAGUACUGUAUCAAGGUUAACAGGUACAACCAGUACACUGUAGAUAAAUGCGAGACUCGGCUGCCUGUCUUCUGCUCUAGUUUUGGAGAACUAGAAGCAUCCGGAGUAGUGGUACAGAAAGGUGAACCUGCCGUUAUGUCUUGUAAAUGCUUUAACUGCACUGUCAAUGAUAUAGAGUGGACGGAUGGUAUGACAGUAUGGAGAUCAGGAGAUAACGCCGGAGGUUUCUCCGUCCGCUCAGUACCCGACACAACGGGCGUCAGAUCAACCCUCACCCUAACUGAGACCUUGUUAGACCAGACCUUUACAUGUGUUCAGAGAACUCAUUUCUCCGACUCGGUUAUAUAUAAAACUGUGGAGGUGGAUGUUUAUAAUUUGGAGGUGACGUCACACUUUGUGUUUUAUGGAGCACAGAUUACUGUUACUUGCAAGUUUAACAAUGAUAAACAUCUGGAUAUUGAUAGGGUGGAGUGGAGUGAUAGGAGGGAUAAUACGGAUUUGUCGGGUAGAGCGCGGCUCUCCUACGACGAAGCAACAGUAGUGUCAAAACUAGAGAUCCCUGUAGAGUAUUACACCCAUGAUGUCAUGUGCACUUUCUAUGCUAGAGGGGACGGUAUUACAGCUUACUCGGGUGUCAGCAGAAUCAUCAUUUAUAAGAUAAACGGAGAAGACCAGUCAGUGCCUGCUAACGCUAACACGACCCUAUCAUGUGAUCUGAGGGAGCAAGAGGGGAGAAGUGUGGAUCUUAUACCUCCUACCAGAGUCGACUGGAAACAAGGAGACAGCUCGUACAUCAUACCCUCGGAUAUAAUAAACCCUUACAGAGCGGUCCUGGUGCGGAACAUGAGGACCGGGGUAGAUACCUACUCUUGCAGAUUCCUCUUUGAGAACGGCAAUAUCCUCACCAAAACCCUUACCGUCACUGCUUUCGAUUUUGAAGGUAUUCCCGCACUGGCAGCUAACGGUACAGCAGCAAUGUUGAAUUGUAAAUACAGUAAAGGGGCCCCUCCUGACACGCCACUAUGGUGGGAGCGAGAAGGAGUUAAGAUAUCAAAUGGUAAGAAGUAUAAGGGAGAAACGUACGAGAUAACGUCCAACUUCGUUAAUGACGGUUUCUACAUGGCCACCACUACAGUUACUGUACGAAAUGCUUCGGAGGAGGCAACUUUUCAGUGUGGGCUCAGAGUCUCGGAUAAAGUGUGGAGGAAAGAUAUCCCUAUGAAGAUCUAUAUGGGAAUGUUCAUCGCCCCUAAUGUAACGAUUGCGGAGGAGAUUGACUCGAACACUGGACAGAUUGUAGUAAACUGCUCGGUGUGGGCUAAUCCCCGUCCUAACAUCCAGAUAUUCGUGGAUACUGAGGCAGGAGAAGGGUUGCUGAGCAGUACAAACAAUAAAACUACACUGACAGUAAGAAUAGAUCAGACGUGUGAGGCUCCCCAACUUAAGUGUCUGGCAACAAGUAACGAGGGGACCAGGGAAAAUGUCGUUAAGUCUAAACUUAACAAAAAGUGCGGAUUCUUUGCCAAAUUGACUCUAACAAUAAAGUUAGCAAUUGGCGGCUCACUUCUGCUGCUUGUGAUAAUAAUAAUAGUGAUCUGCUGCUGCUUCUGCCGCAAGACAAAGGAACUGAAAGAGGAAGUGGAAUACCACCGUGAGGUCCUAUCUCAGGUUGAUGGAACUAGUACUAUGUACAGUAUGAACUUGUCACGUGGAGGUAAGACCAGUCUUCCUCCGAAGUACGAGGAUAUGUACUCUGAGGCCGGCACUAAUAACUACGACCCGAUAGUGAAAGAUAAGAUGUACAUGGAGCUGCAUGACACUGACGUUGCUGAAUACAACCAGCCUUACUCGGAAGUGGGGCUCAUGUCCCCCAAAUAUCAGAGAAUCGAGUCCGACUACGAGCCCGCACCUCAGCUAUUUAUGAGCAGAUCAAAGUCACGUGACAACAUGUCACGUGGUCCAGAUAACAUGUUCUCCCCGCCCCUCAUGAAGAAGUCCACCACCACACUAAGCUACCAGAACCUUAAGGAGCAGUCCUCUAAGUACCCUAGUGAAGUUGGCAGCAUGAACAAAUCUAGCGUCUCCAGAUCAGCAACCAAUAUUAAUAACCCCAGGAAAUUCUCACAGCCUGCAGACACCAUGGGGGCGCAACCAGUGAAGAUGAACCCCUUUGGGAACGUACAGAGACUGAAGAGUAAUGAUCAUCCUGAUGAUGAGAUUAUGUCUAUUACCUCUAAAAUACCUCCCUCCGAAAUCUCUGAUAUGACACCUCCUGUUGCCAUCCUCUCUCCUCGAGGCUGGGAGAUCCCUGACGAUCCUGCCAGAAUGUUCAGUCCUCCGACUGCGCGGCGUCCUAGAGAAUAUGAGCGGAAGUUCAGUGAGCCGGCCAUCUUGCCCUGGCAAGAUGCCCAGAAUAAGGUCAAUAACUGGAACCUCCCUCCUACUGCAGAAGAAUUAUACGACAGACCUCCCAAAAGCGGCUGGUCAACCCCAGCUGGUCCCCUGAGUACAGUGGGAGAAUCCACCGGCAAAUCCUCGGCCACCCUGGACACCAUCAGUGUGACACCUACCUACCUGACAAAACCAAUCAGUCUCCCCAAACCCAGCACCCACCCUUCUGAUAGGGUUGCUGACUGUGUGUCCCCUCCCCCACUUUCAGUAGCUCCUUCUUCUGGUUACCCUCAGAGCUCAGUUGGUCCAUCAGUCUCGGAGUACGAGAGCCCCAUGAGUCCACCUACACACUUCCGGUCGGCUAUUGAUAACGAUCGGCAAAGAAACAACCUUCAGAAUAAUGUAUUCGAUAUUGACGAUCUAAGUUCGGUGGAUGUACCGGAGAAUGGGAUGGACACGUUAGACAGAAGAGUCCAGUACAACAUGCAGCCUGCUGCUGAGAAUUUCUACACACCGUCUAGAGGACCUCCUCCUUCGGGGCCCAGUUCAGGGGCUAGGACACCACAGGGGACCAGGACACCACAUGGAGUCAAGGUGCUGCCUACACUGCCGAAGAAUCCAAAUCUCCGGACAUCACAUUUUUAAUUUAGUUUAUAUAACCAGUUUAGAUUCGUCGAGUUAUAUAUUAUAUUGAUACAAUUUAUUAAGUUUUAAAUCUUUAACUCUAAGCUAUCAGAUUUAAAUUUCAUAUUUCUUUGAUAAUGCAUCUUUUGCUACCAACAAGAAUGACCAAACAUUAUGAAUGGACGAGGAGCCAUAUUGCAGACUGUAUUCCACCAGUAUUCCACAUUCAUUAUUACAGCAUUAACAUAAUUAUUUAAUUAACAGUGGCCUGAACUGAUCACAUUUAUUUUUACUCCAGUUAUAUCGAUCAAAUGUGGUCAUGUGUUAAUCUUAUGUUUUACACCAACUGUAAAGGCUUGAUGACUGACGUUUGAAGUUCUUGUAUCAGACUAAGUGAAUACUGCGAGCGUGCAAAGUGUAUAAUGAAUUGGGAGCACAUUAUCCCGGGCGAUCUAGCUGCUUUGUAAAUCACGUGACCACUCCUACUUAUUUCCUACCUCGCUAUAACCCAGAUAUUGGAGUCUAGAAAACUGAACCCUUUACACUUUACUGUUAACUAGUCACUGAAUCUGACUAAUUAAUAUGUCUCCUCAAGUAUGAGAGCGAGAGAUUAUUUUAACUGAUGUUCAUGACUUGUUAUGUAUGAUGAAUUUUAUUUUUCACAAAUUUCGUAA